AUGCGAACAAGAUCUGCCUCCACGGCCACGGCCAGCAUCAUGAAGCAACCCAAGAGAAAACGAGAGGACGUCGAGGACUCCGAUGUGAAGAAAGCAACGAGAGGCCGUGGUCGUCCUCGCAAGACGCCGCGCAGCCCCCCAUCCGAAGCCGAGGAAGAAACCUCCCCAACCCCCACCAGUGAAAUGCAACUCAAGAAGUCAUCAUCGCCUGUGCCGCAAGUCAAGGUCGAGGCCGCGUCCCAACAACGCCAGACUGAAGGCUCACCGUCCGCCGCCAAGACGCUCUCCGAAAAGAAAUAUGCGGCGUGGUCGAAGCACGCCACGUCGUCGCCGUACCCCGACUUCCCGCGCCCGACGCCGGAGGAGUGCCGGACGGCGCACGACAUCCUCGAGAGGCUCCACGGCGACGUGGUGCGCGAGAACUUCGCCGACCCGGACGCGCCGUCCCUGGAGUACCCGUACGUCAUGGACGCGCUCGUCGUGGCGGCCCUCAGCCAGGCGACGAGCUGGGCCAACGCCAAGCGGGCGAUGAAGAACAUGAAGGCCGUCUACGGCUCGACCUUCAACUACGAGGCCAUCGUCGAGGGCGGCAUGGACAAGCUGGUGGACGCGCUGCGGCCCGGCGGCAUGCAGAACCGCAAGGCCAAGAUCCUGAUGCGGCUGCUGCACGACGUCAAGGAGCGCCACGGGAAGUGGGACCUGCAGCACCUCUUCAACGCGAGCGACGAGGAGGCCGUGAAGGAGGUCGUGAGCUACUGGGGCCUCGGGCCCAAGUGCGCGUUCUGCCUGCUGAGCAUCUGCCUCAAGAGGGACGCGUUCGCGGUGGACACGCACAUCUACCGCAUCACCGGGCUCUGGGGCUGGCGGCCCAAGGACGCGUCCAAGGAGCUGGCGCAGGCCCACCUCGACGCCCGCAUCCCCAACGAGAUCAAGUAUGCGCUGCAUUACCAGUUCAUCGUGCAUGGCCGACAGUGUCCGGCCUGCCGCGGCAACGGGGACAGCAAGGCGAGGUGUGAGUACAAGGUGGCGCUCAAGGAGGUCGAGAAGAAGUCGAAGGGAUAUUCCCCCAAGAAAGAGGAGCUUUGA